AUGAAGCAUGUAAAAGACAGAUUUGGUGACAGCGUGCCAGAGGAAGUGCUUCUGCUGUGUCUGGGCAUUACUUCAGGAGUUGGCAGAUUGAUCUUUGGCAGAGUUGCAGAUUACAUUCCUGGUGCAAAAAAAGUUUAUUUACAGGUGGCCUCAUUCUUCUUUAUUGGCCUGAUGUCUAUGAUGAUUCCACUGUGCCACGUCUUUGGAGGUCUCAUUGCUGUCUGUCUCUUUAUGGGCCUGUUUGAUGGGUGCUUCAUUUGCAUUAUGGCUCCUAUUGCCUUUGAGCUUGUUGGGGCUCAGAAUGUCUCUCAGGCUAUAGGAUUUCUACUUGGAUUUAUGUCAAUACCAAUGACAGUUGGUCCACCCAUUGCAGGUUUGCUGCGUGAUCACCUCGGCACCUACGAUGUAGCAUUCUACCUGGCUGGAGUCCCUCCCCUUAUUGGUGGAGCUAUAUUGUGUUUCAUCCCCUGGGUCCAUGAACGACAGAAGUUAAAAGAAAGAUCAAAACCUGUUGAUGGAGAAACUGCUGAGAAAAUGCUGGAAAAUGAGAGUGCUUUGGUGUCAGACACUACAGAAAAGCCAGACAAAGAAAUGGAAUCGGGUUUUUGAUGCUUUCUUUUGCUGUACCAGCCUGACCUUCUACUGUUGAAACUAGCUACAUUUGUACUUUUUGGCUGAAGAUGCUAUACAAUACUAAAGAAGUUUUGAACUAUCGCUCAAAUUGCAAAACUCCUAUAAGAAUAUUUUAUACCAUCGAACUUUUUUUGAUGAGCUGUUGAGUUUGAUUUCAAGCCACAUUUUCAAGGUAUUUGAAGUUCUGGAGCAUUAGUGUGUACGUGCAUAGUGAUUCUGUGUGUGAAGAGAAUAUUUUUCUAAUUCAUUAGAACCUAUUUCUGGAGGUGUAAAAGCUGGUUUUGGUUCAGUGACCCAGGAUUCUUCAAUAACUUUCAUGAUCUGUCCAAUGCAGGCACACCUGUGGGUGUUUAUACUGGAAAAUGUAGUAGUUCUUAUGACUGAUUUGUUUUUUGAAGUCUUUCAUGCUGUUUUACAGUCUUUUACAGUUCUGUAUC